CAACAAACUAUGAAAUGAAGUAGUAUUUCAGGUUCGUACAGUGAAAAAUCUGAUAAGAUUGUUUUUAGUCUUAAAACACUGCUGUUAUCUCCUGUCACGAUUGCUUUCUGCUUCGUCUUACAUAACUUCAUAAUUUUGAGUUUGAUUAACUUAAACCGCUUAAAGCCUUUAAUUAAUUACAAAGCUGUUUAGUCUCUGAUAUCUGAAUUCAAACUGACUGAGGAAUGAACUUCUAAUUGAAUUUAAAUGUAUGGGUUUAUAGUACUCAUAAGUACUGGUAUGGCAAUCCGUUUUCUUGAAUCAGAGGUAACUGAAGAAGGAAGCGGAAAGACUGGUUUGGUGUCUCUGCACUGAAGGCUGCAGAUCAGAUCUUCACAGACGGAAGACGAUGGAGAAGAUCGCCCUCUUUUGUCUUUUUUCCUACAGGGUUCUUCAGAUCAGCUCCGGCGGAGGUGAUGUGACUCUGUGGAGAUUCAGUCUGAAUGGAAACAUCACUCUGAACUGCAGCGCAAACGACAGACGCAGAAUCUCGUGGUAUCACCAGAAUCCUGGCUCUGGACGACUCACGCUACUGACGUCUCUCGGUUAUGUGCGAACCCGUGAAAGAAGCCGCAUGGUAUUUACAAGAACGGGCUCCAACACGACCUCGCUACUCAUCACUGGACUAACAGAGUCAGAUGCAGGCCUUUAUUUCUGUGGAAAAUCAAUGCAUUCAGAAAUGCUCUUCAACAAACCUAUCAGACUAGUGAUGGAGGACGAGCCGACGGACGGAGAGGUCAAAGUUCAUUCAGUCACAGAACCACCAGAAGAGGCUGAGAUCGCAGUCGCGGUGACUCUGACGGAGCGUGUGCUGAUCUUCGUGGAGUUGGUCUGGCUGUGUUUGUGUUUUUUCUGGCUUCAGUCGUCGCAGGAGGAAUCAUUCACUGUUACGAGCAAUCUUAACAGCCAGCAGUUCCCGGUCCCCCACGUGGUAAUUCCUCUCAGCAGGACUCAGCCGUUGGGACAAAAAGGCACACGGGUGGAGCCUGUCAUCCUUCCCUCUCUGGGACAGAACAGCUCCAACGCCAACAUCUGA